CUUAUUUCUUUGUUUCAAGUUCUGAGAUUUUUUUUUUCUUUGCCCAGUUUUUGUUUCGACAAUGUCCUCAGCACGCAGUAGAAAGUUUGCCGUGAUGGGCUUCCGCGCUGUCGGCAAAUCAUCGCUCACCAUGCAGUUCAUCGAAGGCCAGUUCUCGGAAACAUACAACCCGACCAUUGAAAACACCUACCAAAAGCCACUGAGCUUGCGAGGAGGCCGCGAUUUCCUGGUUGAAAUUGUCGACACACCCGGCCAGGACGAGUUUUCCAUCUUCCCCACGCGUUAUUCCGUCGGCAUUCACGGCUACGUGCUGGUGUACUCGGUGACGUCUCGCACGAGCUUUGAGAUGCUGAAAAUCAUUCGCGAAAAGCUGCUCAACAUGACCGGCACCAACUCUGUCCCAUUGGUACUCGUUGGCAACAAGACGGAUCUCGUCGGCGAGCGCGUUGUGACGUUCGAGGACGGGCGCGAGCUCGCCGCGCAGUGGGGCUGUGGCUUUGUCGAGUCGUCUGCCAAGCGGAAUAACAGUGUCAAGGAGAUUUUCGAAUCACUGCUUGAGGAGGUUGACAAGGACUCGCUGCCGCCACAAAAGGACAAGAGCGGUGGCUGUGUGAUUGCUUGAUUUCCCUCGUUGUACACGCAAAUAGAUGCAAAGGGUUUGUUGUUUGGGUGUCGAGACAAGCAAAAAACCACACACACACACGACUGGUAUGCU